CGAGCCAGCAUCCAGCUCUGCAGCACUGACUUCCCCAACCCCAGCUGAGAUGCAGCAGUGAGGACAAGAAGCGAGAGGCAGACACCCAGGAUCUAGGUUCUUCCUUGCUGCCCCGACUGUGAAUCCCUGGACCCUGGGAGAGAGUUGCGGAAAAGGGACAAGGGGGAGAAACGGCUGUACCUUGGAGCCUCCCGGUGCCGACCUCCGGUGGGGGGUCCAGCGGGAAGGUGGAGUGGGCAGCACUGAAGGUGUGUGCAGCCAUAGCCGCGGCAUCUGUACACUGAGGACCAACCGACUCUGGAGAGAAAGCAUCUGUUACCUAUCGAGGAGAUGCCCUUUGAAGCCCUAAUCGAUUAAUGUGACAGAAUCAAGUGGAUCAACAGUCAUCCCACUGCCCCCUUUGUUGGGGGGUGCUGAGAGUGGGGAAGCAUGGAGGACAGUAAGAACGAGACGAUGAAUCGCGCUCACGUCCUCUUUGACCGCUUUGUGCAGGCCACCACCUGCAAGGGGACCCUCAAGGCCUUCCAAGAGCUCUGUGACCACCUAGAACUGAAGCCUAAGGACUACCGCUCCUUUUAUCACAAGCUCAAGUCCAAGCUUAACUACUGGAAAGCCAAAGCGCUGUGGGCAAAGUUGGACAAGCGGGGCAGCCACAAAGACUACAAAAAGGGAAAAGCGUGCACUAACACCAAGUGUCUCAUCAUUGGAGCUGGGCCCUGUGGUCUCCGUACAGCCAUUGACUUAUCCUUAUUGGGAGCUAAAGUGGUCGUUAUUGAGAAACGAGAUGCCUUCUCCCGCAACAAUGUCUUGCAUCUCUGGCCAUUCACCAUACAUGAUCUGCGAGGUCUGGGUGCCAAGAAGUUCUAUGGCAAGUUCUGUGCUGGAGCUAUCGACCAUAUCAGUAUCCGUCAGCUUCAACUAAUACUUUUGAAAGUUGCCCUGAUCCUGGGCAUUGAGAUCCAUGUCAAUGUGGAAUUCCAAGGUCUUGUACAGCCUCCUGAGGACCAAGAAAAUGAACGGAUAGGUUGGCGGGCACUGGUCCACCCCAAAACCCAUCCUGUGUCAGAAUAUGAAUUUGAAGUGAUCAUUGGAGGGGAUGGCCGUAGGAACACCUUGGAAGGAUUUCGCCGGAAGGAAUUUCGUGGCAAGCUGGCCAUUGCCAUUACAGCAAAUUUUAUUAACCGAAAUACAACAGCAGAAGCCAAAGUGGAAGAGAUCAGUGGAGUGGCUUUUAUAUUCAACCAAAAAUUUUUCCAGGAACUGAGGGAAGCCACAGGUAUCGACUUGGAGAAUAUUGUCUACUACAAAGAUGACACACACUAUUUUGUUAUGACAGCCAAAAAGCAGAGUUUGCUAGACAAAGGGGUGAUACUGCAUGACUACGCUGACACAGAGCUCUUGCUUUCCCGGGAGAAUGUGGACCAAGAGGCUCUGCUGAACUAUGCCAGGGAGGCGGCUGACUUCUCCACUCAGCAGCAGCUGCCUUCUCUGGAUUUUGCCAUCAAUCACUAUGGGCAGCCUGAUGUGGCCAUGUUCGACUUCACUUGUAUGUACGCCUCUGAGAAUGCUGCCUUGGUGCGGGAGCAGAAUGGACACCAGUUACUAGUGGCCCUGGUUGGGGACAGCCUCCUGGAGCCUUUUUGGCCAAUGGGGACAGGAAUAGCCCGAGGAUUUCUAGCUGCUAUGGACUCAGCCUGGAUGGUACGAAGUUGGUCUCUAGGAACAAGCCCCUUGGAGGUCCUGGCCGAGAGAGAAAGCAUUUAUAGGUUGCUGCCUCAGACCACCCCUGAGAAUGUGAGUAAAAACUUCAGCCAAUACAGCAUUGACCCUGUCACCAGAUACCCCAACAUUAACGUCAACUUCCUCCGCCCGAGCCAGGUGCGCCAUUUAUAUGAUACUGGGGAAACAAAAGAUAUUCAUCUGGAAAUGGAGAACCUGGUGAAUUCCCGAACUACCCCAAAGUUGACUCGCAACGAGUCUGUAGCUCGUUCAAGCAAACUGCUGGGUUGGUGCCAAAGGCAGACAGAUGGCUAUGCAGGGGUAAAUGUGACAGAUCUCACUAUGUCUUGGAAAAGUGGACUGGCCUUAUGUGCGAUCAUCCAUAGGUACCGCCCUGAUCUGAUAGAUUUUGAUUCUUUGGAUGAGCAAAAUGUGGAGAAGAAUAACCAGCUGGCCUUUGAUAUUGCUGAGAAGGAACUGGGCAUUUCUCCCAUCAUGACAGGCAAAGAAAUGGCCUCAGUGGGGGAGCCUGACAAGCUUUCUAUGGUGAUGUACCUGACUCAGUUCUAUGAGAUGUUCAAGGACUCACUCCCCUCCAGUGAUGCCCUGGACCUGAAUGCCGAGGAGAAAGCAGUUCUUAUAGCCAGCACCAAAUCCCCCAUCUCCUUCCUCAGCAAACUUGGGCAGACCAUCUCUCGGAAGCGUUCUCCCAAGGAUAAAAAGGAAAAGGACUUGGAAGGUGCUGGAAAGAGGAGAAAGACCAGUCAAUCGGAAGAGGAGGAUGUGCCCCGUGGUUACAGAGGAGGAAGGCCCACACUGGUGAGCACCCUGACAGACAGGAGGAUGGAUGUGGCCCUUGGCAAUCAGAACAAAGUGAAGUACAUGGCGACCCAAUUGUUGGCCAAAUUUGAAGAGAAUGCACCCCCACAGUCCACUGGUAUGAGGAGACAGGGCUCGAUAAAGAAGGAGUUCCCACAGAACUUGGGAGGCAGUGACACGUGCUAUUUCUGCCGGAAGCGGGUCUACGUGAUGGAAAGGCUGAGUGCUGAGGGCAAGUUCUUCCAUCGGAGCUGCUUCAAAUGCGAGUACUGUGCCACCACCCUGCGCCUCUCUGCCUAUGCCUAUGACAUCGAGGACGGUAAAUUCUACUGCAAACCACACUACUGUUAUCGACUCUCCGGCUCCGCACAGAGGAAGAGACCGGCAGUGGCUCCUCUCUCUGGAAAGGAAGCCAGAGAAGCCCUGCAGGAUGGCCCCACUGUGGACACAAGUGGACGGGCCAGCGCCAUCGCCAGCCCUGCUGAGAGAACUCCAGGUUCAAGUGUGAAUGGUCUGGAAGAGCCUAGCAUUGCCAAGAGACUCAGGGGCACUCCUGAACGGAUCGAGCUGGAGAACUACCGCCUGUCUGUGAAACUGGCCGAGGAGCUGGAGGAGGUGCCCGAGGAGACACAGGCCGAGCACAACCUGAGCAGCGCGCUGGACAAAGGCGCAGAGGAAGAUGUGGCCAGCAGCAGUUCUGAGUCCGAGAUGGAGGAAGAGGAGGAGGAGGAGGAAGAGGAGCCCCCUCUGCCCCCCUCAGAUCUGGGCGGUGUUCCUUGGAAGGAGGCUGUGAGGAUCCAUGCUCUUCUGAAAGGAAAGAGUGAAGAGGAACUAGAGGCCUCAAAGAGCUACGGCCCUGGGAAUGAAGAGGAGGAGGAGGAAGAGGAAUAUGAGGAGGAGGAGGAAGAGGAGGAAGAAUAUGAGGAGGAAGAGGAGGAAUCUAGUGAAGUCGGGAGCCAGAGGCUACAGCAGAUCAUAAAUCCGGCCGACCCCUUGGAGAUCCAGGCUGAUGUGCACUGGACACAUAUUCGAGAGAAAGAGGAGGAGGAGCGAAUGGUACCAACCUCUGAGUCCUCCACUUCUAGAGUCCCAUUUGAUGAGAAUGACCUGGAGGAAGAUGUGGACUCGGAGCCGGCAGAGAUAGAAGGGGAGGCAGCGGAGAAUGGGGACACAGGGGACACUGGUGCUGAGCUGGAUGAUGAUCAGCACUGGUCUGAUGAGAUCCCAUCGGAUGCUGAAACGGAGCUUCGCAUGCAGCACCAGGCAGCCGUGGAGGCAGAGCUGGAGCUGAGAGUAUCAGAAAACGAGGACGAACAACCUGCCCCCACACCAGGGCACCAGGAGAGAAGUCCUGCCCAGGUCCCCAGCCCUGCCCCGUCCCCAGAGGAGCAAGCUGGUCUGCUCUCCCCAGGCCACAGCCCUGUGGCAGAGGGGGCCCAAAUCCCACCUGUCUCUGUUGCUACCAAGGUGAAAUUGCCUGAGGACAGCCUUUUCCCUGAAUCUUUGCUCCCCAAAGUGAAGCCCAAAGCGGAAGUGCCCACUGACCAGAGGGCUGUACACUCUCCUAUCCGAUUGCAGCCAGUGGCUCUGCCGGAAGCCAGGACACCUACCUCCCCAGUUAGCACACAGCGCCUGUCACCAUUGGCCACCUCCACCCCCACCACCACCCAGCUCCCCAUUUGCUCCCAGCCUCAGCCUUCCUCUGAGGCCACUGUCCCAUCCCCCACCAAGUCCCCCAUAUGUUUCCAGCCUGUUCCAGCCAAAACAGCCAUCCCUGUGGUUUCCCUCCCCUUGAAGAACCAAGGCGACACCAAGGAUAGACUGGGUAGCCCUCUAGCUGUGGAUGAGGCCCUGAAACGGAACGACCUGGUGGCAGAGUUCUGGAUGAAGAGCGCUGAGAUCCGCCGCAGCCUCGGGCUUACCCCUAUAGAUCGGAGCAAGGUGUCCGAGUCCAGCUUCCCCUCACCUACCUUUAAACCAGUGUCCCUAAAAUCCUAUUCAGUUGAGAAGUCUCCUCAGAGUGAGGGACUCCAGCUUCUAAAACCUCCACCUGUUCCUAAGAGGCUAGGCCUGCCGAAGCCCGAUGGUGACCAGCCCUCCCUGCCAACCCCCAAGUCCCCAUCUGACAGAGAGCUGAAAAGCUCCCAUGAGGAGAAAAGAGAUCUGUCAAGCAGCUCCGGGCUGGGCCUUCAUGGGAGCUCCUCCAACAUGAAAACCUUGGGCAGCCAGAGCUUCAACACCUCGGACUCCACCAUGCUCACUCCACCUUCAAGCCCACCCCCACCCCCACCCCAGAAUGAGGAGCCUGCAACUCUUCGAAGGAAGCCAUAUCAGACUUAUGAGCAUAAGGAGACCAAGCCCAAGGCCUCAGUGAUACCACCCCCACCACCUGCCUCCUUUAUGCGGGCCCCCCGAGAGCCUGCCCAGCCCCCUCGAGAGGAGGUGCGGAAGUCGUUUGUGGAGAGUGUGGAUGAGAUCCCCUUUGCCGAUGACGUGGAGGAUACCUAUGAUGACAAGACAGAGGACUCGAGUCUACAGGAGAAGUUCUUCACACCCCCUUCCUACUGGCCCCGCACAGAGAGGCCCCUCCACCCACCCCUAGCCAAGGAGAAUGGUAGGUUGCCUACUCUGGAGAGUGGGGUCCAACCACAGAAGAGGGGCCUGCCCGUAGUCUCUCCAGAAGCCAAGGAACUGGCUGAGGAGCGCAUGCGAGCCAGGGAGAAGUCUGUUAAGAGCCAAGCGUUGAGAGACGCUAUGGCCAAGCAGCUGAGUAGGAUGAAGGAGAUGGAGAUGGCAGCUGGGACCUCCAGGCCCCCAGGAGGCACCUCCCGCAAAGCUUCCUCAGUUCCCUCCAAAGGCAAAGAUCUCGGCCCCGAGUCCCCUAAACGCCCAGUUCUCAAAGGCCCCAGGGAGCCCACCCUGAAGCACGAAGCCACUAGUGAGGAGGUCCUCUCCCCGCCAUCGGACUCAGGGGGCCCCGAUGGUUCGGUCACCUCAUCCGAGGGCUCCAGUGGGAAGAGCAAGAAGAGAUCGUCACUCUUCUCCCCCCGCAGAAACAAGAAAGAGAAGAAGUCCAAAGGUGAGGGCCGGCCCCCAGAGAAGCCCAGCCCAAACCUCCUGGAGGAAGCCACUGCCAAGCCCAAGUCCUUGUGGAAGUCAGUCUUUUCUGGGUACAAGAAGGACAAGAAGAAGAAGGGUGAUGACAAGUCCUGUUCCAGCACCCCUUCCAGCAGUGCCACUGUGGACUUGGGCAAGCAUAGGAUGUCUCCCAUUGUGAAAGCAGAGCUGCAGCUGCGGCGCCAGCUGAGCUUCUCGGAGGACUCGGACCUCUCCAGUGACGACAUCCUCGAGAGGUCCUCCCAGAAGUCCAGGCGAGAGCCAAGAACUUACACAGAGGAGGAACUGAACGCCAAGCUGACCCGGCGUGUGCAGAAGGCAGCUCGGAGACAGGCCAAGCAAGAGGAGCUGAAGCGGCUGCACCGAGCCCAGAUUAUCCAGCGGCAGCUGGAGCAGGUGGAGGAGAAGCAGAGGCAGCUGGAGGAAAGAGGGGUUGCCGUGGAGAAGGCGCUCCGUGGUGAAGCAGGCAUGGGCAAGAAAGAUGACCCCAAGCUGAUGCAGGAGUGGUUCAAGUUGGUGCAAGAGAAAAAUGCCAUGGUGCGCUACGAGUCAGAGCUGAUGAUCUUUGCCCGGGAGCUGGAACUGGAAGACCGGCAGAGCCGACUGCAGCAGGAACUACGGGAGCGGAUGGCGGUGGAAGAUCACCUGAAAACUGAAGAGGAGUUGUCAGAGGAGAAGAAGAUCUUGAACGAGAUGCUGGAGGUGGUGGAACAGAGAGAUGCCCUUGUGGCCCUGCUCGAGGAGCAGCGACUCCGGGAAAAAGAAGAGGACAAGGACCUGGAGGCCGUCAUGCUGUCCAAGGGCUUCAGCCUGAACUGGUCCUGA